AACCCGCAACCUCAUGGUUCCUAGUCAGAUUCGUUAACCACUGCGCCACGAUGGGAACUGUGUAAAAUUUAUGUCAAAUUGCAAUUGGGCAAAAGUAUAAAGACUCUGUCAGAGUUCCCAUCGUGGCUCAGUAGUUAACGAACCCGACUAGGAUCCAUGAGGGCAAGGGUUCAAUCCCUGGCCUUGCUCAGUGGCUUAAGGAGCCGGCAUUGCUGUUGCUGUGGCUGUGGUGUAGGCAGACAGCAACAGCUCUGAUUCGACCCCUAGCAGGGGAACCUCACCCUAAAGAGACAAAAAGACCAAAAAAAAAAAAAAAAGGACUGUCAAAGAGGCAGGUGUUUAUUGACUCAAUGUAAGUAAUUCAAAAAUGCCUCAGAAGAAAAAGAUGCAAAAUGACUUAAAGCCCUGUGGGUAAGAAUUUUGACCAGUGGGGUCAUGUGGAGGCUCAGUGACCCCCGUCCAACCCCCAGAAGGUAGCUAACUUCCAUAUUUUGUGUGAGGAUGCCCCGACCCACUAGGUAAGGACAAGAGCCUCUAGGUGGAAAGCUAGCUUGUGGAAGGUGACAGGGUGGUGGAUGGGGGACUUCCAUCCUUUCUGGAGGAGGGAGAGGAAGAGGAAAUCCUCUUGGCCAGAAAUGCUCCCUGUGGAUCCAUUGAAAACUUUGGAUCUGACAAUGGAGGGAGCCAAGACCUCAGCAUCCAAGGAGAGAAUCUGAGAGGAAGGGUAGGAAACCUUCCUGUCUCAGAAGAAGGGGCAGCCGAUGCCCAAGGGCAGGAGCAGGUGUGCCAGAUGCAGGAGAAUCCGCUUUAGAAGCUCGAGUUUGAGUUUAAUUGUUGUGGAGUUGUCUCAGGUCUGCUGCCUCCUGUCUUGAGAUAAGAAGGUCCUCCCCCACCGUCGGCCCAUGGAUCAUGAGUUUUUAGUUCAAAGAACAGAGCCUGCUUCAAAAAGAAGAAACAGUUCUUUCCAGCCUUUCUUCAAGGUGUUUGAAUAGCUUUUCAAGGUUUCCAGUUCUUUAUCCUCGGUUCUUGUCCUCCGUUCCAGAACUUUUCCUCCUCUUGCUCCAAUUCAUGAUCCGUCUCCGAGGUUUUAAUAGUCACAGUAGCUCAAUUUGUUCUUGACAACGUUCAGCCUUUUCAUUUCCCCUCUCCUGAAGAUUUCAAACUGAACUUGCAGUUGAAGCACAGAAACACCUGAAGACGUUUAAAAUGACCUGUCGAGUCUGCUGUUUGUCUUCUUUUUUGUUUAGAAAUGUUGGUGUGGAAUUGAUUUUUCUGUAUUCUGGCUGUUGAAAUGCACACUUAACUUUGUGACAUCAGUCAGUGCCCUCCUGGCUCCUUCUGCCUGGACGUCAGUGUCAUCUCUGUCUCCAAGCGAUUGAUUCCAAGUAAUGCUCUGUCUUCUCCAAAGGCAGCUGCCAGCUCUUUAACCUUUCACAUGCAUUCCUUCAGCCUUGAGCCAAAUUUCCACAGAGACCCUAGAGCUCUGUGUGGAGACCCUGAGGCUUUUAUCUGUUGCCCUUAACAGCAGUCUGAGUUUGUGGUAGCUUUUUCCACUUGUGUCUUUAUGGAUCUAGUGGCUGGUUAUCGACUGGCUCUUGCAGUGGCAGACAUCCACUCACUUUGUACCCAGCAUGGAAAUUUUCCCUUUCCAAGGUGGUUUGCUUUAAUGCCCAAGAUGGACCAAAUCACAGCGUUAACAUGUCCAAGGCAUUGGGCACUUCAGGGCUUUCAUCUUCUUCCACCGCGGGGUAGAACAGUGGUGAACACUGAGAAGGGUUCUGCUUGCAACCAAGCCUGCACCUGACAUCUGGGCUAGACCAUGAACGGAGAGGACCAUUCAGGGUGCCGAACUGGUCCAAGGUAAACACACCCUCACCCCUGCCCACUGCUCCUUGACAUUUCUCUAGAACUCAUGCUGAGCUUUUAAUGCCAUGUUUCUUGUCUCUCUGUAUAGAAAAGUUUUUUUUUUUUUUAGUUUUUUUUUUCCACUGACUGAUGAGUUCUGCCUAAAACUAAGAGACCUGGCAACACACCAACUAUCCAGGCGUACAGCACUGUCUUCCAUUUUUACCCCGUGAGGACGAGACUGCUCCCACGUCCUUAGGCGAUUCUGUCGCAGAAUAGUGUGGUGUCUCACAUGUUAGCCAACAAUGCAGCUUAUAGAAGGAUGAAGCCCCUCCUUAGUAUCCCAGUCUGCCACCCAGAACCCCCCCCUCCCCGUGGUCCUCAUGGGCCACAACAAGCACUGGUGAACACCUGGCAGGGUUCAGCUUGGAACCAAGCCUAUGCCUGGUAGCAUCUAACUUGUGCCUCACACACAGCAGGCAGGUAGUGCAUAUUUGUUACAAGUUGCUGAAAUAAAAUGUGCAAGAAUGUCUGAUGGUUAUUGCAUAUGUACCAUGAGCUAAAUCAUGGUAUCUUUCCGUGAUAUUUCUUCCCAACUGGCCUCUAGUUUCCCUCCCUCCCAUCUCUCUUAGCAAGGGCUGCAGGUUCCUGUUGAUAAAGUGUCUGGACCUCACAAGUACUACUGGCGUAUUCCAGGCCCUGGUGGUUGCCCCAGUUGGCAUACAGGACUGGUCCAAGAAAAACUCCCUCACUCUGCCCACUGUUCCUUGUUUUCUUUUCCUCAGCUUUGUUUCCGGUGGCCCCAUCCUCUGCACUGGCCAUUCCCUCUGCCUUGAAAGCCCUUCCCCUCCCUGAGUGCAUGAGAACAUCCAUCCUGUACCCUCCUUUCCCCUGUGACCCAAGGCAGGGCCAGGCUCCGAGUGGGUGCUCAUUGUCCCACACGUGUUUGUGGGACAGACAGAGAAAUGAAGGAGGGAGGGAAUGAAGGGAUGACAGAAGGGCAGAGCCACACUCGUCAUCCCUGACGCCUGGCACAUCACGCCCUGCUGACUGAGCCAGGGGCUCCUGCAGGAUUCCACAUGGGGAAGUAGAGAGUAGAGCAGGUGGUGGCUCCUGAUUCCCCUCCCCAACCCUCCUCUUAAGUAGGUUUUCAAACAGCCCAUUGUGUGGGAUUUUCCUGGUCAAAUAAAGAGACAGCCAGCAGCUGCUGCUACCAUUAAAAAAAUGUAAUUCUGUACAACGUUUAAGAGAUUUGCUCUGUAAAAACAGUGAAAUAAUGCAAUGCAAUGCAAGAGCUUGUGCUAUAAAGAAAAUAACAACGGCCUCAGAGUUUUGUUUUGUUUUGUUUUGGCUGUGCCCUCAGCAUUCAGAAGUUCCUGGGGCCAGGGGUCAGACUCUGAGCCGCUGCAGAGACAACACCAGAUCCUCAAUGCUCUAGGCCACCAGGGAAUUCAACUCUCAUUUUUGUUUUUUGAAGAUCUUUCUUAUUUGGGAAUGAGGGGGUAAUGUGGAAAGAACACAGGUUUUCCCUCCAAAGAACCUGGAACCUCAUGGGUGUCAUGCCUAUAUCACACCAGACGUUGUGUCUGAGCCCAUGCAUCUAACUUGUGCCUCACACACAGCAGGCAGGUAGUGCAUAUUUGUUACAAGUUGCUGAAAUAAAAUGUGCAAGAAUGGUUAUUGCAUAUGUACCAUGAGCUAAAUCAUGGUAUCUUUCCGUGAUAUUUCUUCCCAACUGGCCUCUAGUUUCCCUCCCUGCCAUCUCUCUUAGCAAGGGCUGCAGGUUCCUGUUGAUAAUUGUCUGGACCUCGCAGGUACUGCUGGCGUAUUCCAGGCCCUGGUGGUUGCCCCAGAGGAGAGGAAGAAUAACACAAUUCAUCUUAGGCCACCCCUCUCCUACUCAACCCCAAGAGGCCAGUGCUGUGUUUACCAGAAGGGAGUGGAAUGGUUUGUUUUUGAAAGGCACACUUAACCCUUUAGAAACAGAUGUUGACAGAGGCCAAAGGGCAGGGGAGAGUAGGUGGGUAGAGAGGGUGUAGGUGAGAGGGGGUGUUUCUGGGGGGUGCAUUUUUCCCUCCUUUGUGCCUCUUGCUGCACUGGCCACUAGUACACAUUUGAAUUUUGGUUCCCUAGUAGAAAAAAGAACCCAUGUUAAUGCAAAAGAUUGCAUUUUCUGAUUGUGGGAAGUCGUAAGAGUGACUGACCAUUGAAAUUGGAACUGUUUGGAACUGUGGUCCAAACAGCGUGUGGUUAAGCUGUAGGUGUGGCCUCAGCCCCACAUCUCCCUCACUCGCUAAUCGGCUCUAGGAUGCCCAGCUGCAUCUCGGGUGAGGCAGGAGGGCUGCCCAGGCCUCAGUGACAUCACCUGCGCUCCUGCAGGACCCGCCUGUAAGAGCACCCAUCUCUACAGAAUAAAAGCUCUUCACCUGGGUUACAGCCAGUCCACGUGGCCAGUUACUUUUAUUUCCGGCCAGGAGCCUGGAUGCUGUCCUCCCAGCCGAGCUCUCUGCUCUGCCCUUUUCCAGCCCCAUUCUGCUGGGCCCUGUGGACGCUGGUUGCUGUUGCAUUAAAUUCGAGCUCAACUGGUAGAACAGCAAAAAUGCCUGGAGCAGCAAACAGAGAUGCGAGUCCAGCUACUCCAGGACCUGCAAGAUUUCUUCCGGAAAAAAGCUGAGAUUGAGACGGAAUACUCUCGGAACCUAGAGAAGUUAGCAGAAAGGUUCAUGGCAAAAACAAGAAGCACUAAGGAUCAUCAGCAGUACAAGAAGGACCAGAACUUGUUGUCUCCAGUGAACUGCUGGUAUUUGCUCCUGAACCAAGUGAGGAGAGAAAGCAAAGAUCACGCCACCUUGAGUGACAUAUAUCUGAACAAUGUGAUUAUGCGGUUCAUGCAGAUAAGUGAGGAUUCCACUAGGAUGUUUAAAAAGAGCAAAGAGAUUGCAUUCCAACUUCAUGAGGAUCUAAUGAAGGUUCUUAACGAGCUCUAUACGGUGAUGAAAACAUACCAUAUGUAUCAUGCGGAAAGCAUCAGUGCAGAGAGCAAGCUGAAAGAGGCUGAGAAACAAGAAGAAAAGCAAAUUGGCAGAUCUGGGGACCCCGUCUUCCAUAUUAGACUGGAAGAGAGACAUCAACGGCGAAGCUCUGUAAAGAAAAUUGAAAAAAUGAAGGAAAAGAGACAAGCAAAAUAUUCGGAAAAUAAGCUAAAAUCGAUUAAGGCACGGAAUGAAUAUCUCCUAACCCUUGAAGCCACCAAUGCCUCUGUUUUCAAGUAUUAUAUUCAUGAUCUUUCAGAUUUAAUUGAUUGCUGCGAUCUUGGCUACCAUGCAAGUCUAAACAGAGCCCUGCGAACAUAUCUCUCUGCGGAGUAUAACCUUGAAACCUCUAGACACGAAGGCUUAGACAUCAUUGAGAAUGCAGUUGACAAUUUGGAGCCCAGGAGUGAUAAGCAGAGAUUCAUGGAGAUGUACCCAGCUGCAUUCUGCCCACCAAUGAAAUUUGAGUUUCAAUCUCACAUGGGUGAUGAGGUGUGUCAAGUCAGCGCACAGCAGCCGGUCCAGGCUGAGCUCAUGCUCAGGUAUCAGCAGCUGCAGUCCCGACUGGCCACGCUCAAGAUCGAGAAUGAGGAGGUGAAGAAAACAACGGAGGCCACCUUGCAGACGAUACAGGAUAUGGUCACCAUCGAGGACUACGAUGUUUCGGAAUGCUUCCAGCACAGUCGCUCCACAGAGUCUGUAAAGUCUACUGUCUCCGAAACCUACCUGAGUAAGCCCAGCAUCGCCAAGAGAAGGGCGAACCAGCAGGAGACAGAGCAGUUCUACUUCAUGAAACUCAGAGAAUAUUUGGAGGGUAGUAACCUCAUCACAAAACUUCAGGCCAAGCAUGACUUGUUGCAAAGGACCCUUGGAGAAGGUCACAAAGCUGAAUAUAUGACUACAAGGCCUCCAAAUGUUCCCCCUAAGCCCCAGAAACACAGGAAGUCCAGACCCCGCUCACAGUAUAAUGCUAAGUUGUUUAAUGGGGAUUUGGAAACAUUCAUCAAGGACUCGGGGCAGGUCAUCCCCCUCAUUGUGGAAAGCUGUAUUCGGUUCAUCAAUCUCUAUGGUCUUCAGCAUCAGGGCAUCUUCAGAGUGUCCGGUUCCCAGGUGGAAGUCAAUGAUAUUAAAAAUUCAUUUGAGAGAGGUGAAAACCCUUUGGCUGAUGACCAGAGUAACCAUGAUAUUAACUCAGUUGCUGGCGUUCUGAAGCUCUAUUUCCGUGGGCUGGAAAACCCCCUCUUUCCUAAGGAAAGAUUUAAUGAUCUGAUUUCUUGUAUCAGAAUCGAUAAUCUCUAUGAGAGGGCGCUUCACAUCCGCAAACUCCUCCUGACCUUGCCCAGGUCGGUCCUUGUAGUGAUGAGGUACCUCUUUGCCUUCCUCAAUCAUCUUUCACAGUACAGUGAUGAGAACAUGAUGGACCCUUAUAACCUGGCCAUUUGCUUUGGCCCCACAUUGAUGCCUGUCCCAGAAAUACAGGACCAAGUGUCUUGCCAGGCUCAUGUGAAUGAGAUUGUCAAAACCAUCAUCAUCCACCAUGAGACUAUUUUCCCAGAUGCUAAAGAGCUGGAUGGCCCUGUUUAUGAGAAAUGUAUGGCUGGAGAUGACUAUUGUGACAGCCCAUACAGUGAGCACGGUACAUUGGAGGAAGUGGAUCAGGACGCUGGUACAGAGCCCCACACCAGUGAAGACGAAUGUGAGCCCAUAGAAGCAAUAGCCAAGUUCGACUAUGUUGGCCGGUCUGCCAGAGAACUGUCCUUCAAGAAGGGCGCCUCCCUGCUGCUGUAUCACCGCGCAUCCGAGGACUGGUGGGAAGGCAGGCACAACGGGAUCGACGGGCUUGUGCCCCACCAGUACAUAGUGGUGCAGGAUAUGGACGAUACAUUUUCAGACACUCUGAGCCAAAAAGCUGACAGCGAGGCCAGCAGUGGGCCAGUCACUGAAGACAAGUCUUCAUCCAAGGACAUGAACUCCCCAACAGAUCGUCAUCCUGAUGGCUAUUUGGCCAGACAAAGAAAAAGAGGAGAGCCGCCCCCUCCAGUAAGGCGUCCUGGCAGGACCAGUGAUGGCCAUUGCCCCCUCCACCCCCCGCAUGGUCUUUCCAACUCCUCCAUUGACCUGGGGUCCCCAAGCCUGGGAAGUCACCCCCGGGGCCUGCUGCAGAACCGUGGCCUCAACAAUGACAGUCCGGAGAGGAGGCGUCGUCCAGGCCAUGGCAGCCUGACCAACAUCAGCCGUCACGACUCCCUCAAGAAGAUCGACAGCCCUCCUAUUAGAAGGUCCACAUCAUCAGGGCAGUACACAGGCUUCAAUGACCACAAGCCACUGGACCCAGAGACAAUUGCUCAGGACAUUGAGGAGACGAUGAACACUGCUUUGAAUGAACUCCGAGAACUGGAGAGACAGAGUACAGCCAAGCAUGCCCCUGAUGUGGUGCUGGAUACCUUAGAACAAGUGAAAAACUCUCCCACCCCAGCCACGUCCACGGAAUCUCUCAGCCCUUUGCACAAUGUCACCCUCAGGAGCGCGGAGCCUCAGAUUCGACGUAGCACUAGCUCCUCCAGUGACACAAUGAGUACUUUCAAGCCUAUGGUGGCGCCCAGAAUGGGCGUGCAGCUGAAGCCCCCAGCCCUUCGGCCAAAACCUGCUGUUCUUCCAAAAACAAACCCUGCCAUGGGACCUGCCCCACCUCCCCAGGGUCCAGCAGACAAGUCUUGCACAAUGUAAAAACCAACCAAGUGAGGUCAUACGGGGAGGUGAUUUGAAAAAAAAAAAAAAAUGGAUUAGUGACAAAAGUCAGUGAUCCAUAACUUUCCUUAGUCGUGUGCUUAUAACUGGAGAUCUUUUGGCUUUUCUAUGUUAUCGAAUGUAAUGUCUGAGACUAGCUAAAUUAACACGGGCAUUUGUAUUUUGUAAUUUUUUUUAAUAACUGGACAUAUCUUAUGUCAUUUUAAAGACAAGAGAAACACUUAGACUUACUUGAAAAUCCAAUGCUGCACCAUUUGUAAUGAAGGCAACACCGCUCUGCCCUGCACACCGCACAGUGCUUCUGGCUUAGUGUAGCAGGACGUCGGAGUCAGAGACGUGGGGCGCUAAAGGCACGAGAAAUAACUCACAGUCAGUGCCAAUAACCAGUGUUGGCCUGUGGCACUUGGGGUGAUGCUGAGAGGUGACAGUGGCAUAGUUUGGUUCCUGACAAGGAGCACCUCUGAUUCCAUGCAGUGGGAUGGGGGUCGGCUCUUGCUACAGCCUUGCUGUCGUCGCGGUGGGGUAUUCCCAGCGGAUCUUAGGCCCACUGUCUGAAUGACCAGGAUGAUUGGCCUGUUUCAUAACAGUCCUUUCCCUGGAGCCAGGUUAAAGUCUCAGCAGGUGGGGGUAGAACCCCUGCAGUGACUGUUUGAACUGAAGCUGGGAAAUAAGAGGGGGACAGUCAUUCAGAGGUGUUGCUGUGACUCUCCAGGAGCCUGAUCAGGCCCCAGAGGAUAUACCCAGUCCAUCCCCUGCAUUCGCAAAGGACUAGGACAGUCUAAUUUUAAAGCCUUUCUGGUUACACUACUCCAUCAACUCUUCCAGAGAUCGGUUGUUGCCUAGACGAUAACUUCUGGCUCCUCUAAACCCCCAUAUCUUUCUCUGCGGCAAUGGAGAAAGCACACCGCACACGCGCACGAGGCCUUGCUUUGCUCAGCCUUCCCUCCCCCUGACUAGAUGACCUGGGUUCCUUUCAAUGUGCUCCAGAGCCCUGAUGAUCCUAAACUGAAUCCCCAGCGCCCCUCUUCAUUGGUCUCUUGGAGCCAACCUAGAACUGGUCAUGGUUCUGGAGAAAGAGCCGUACCAGCCACAGUGGGAGGAUUAUUUCAUGGUUCCAGGCUGAUUUCCUCCCAGUUCUGCACCCUGGAUCCAUGACAUUUUGUUUUUUCUAUGUGCUCUCUAUCGAAGUCACAUAGUCAGCUGAACCCCAUUGGAAGACCGUCUUGGUCCGGCAUCUUAAUGCAUAGCCUGCUUUUCUUUAGCCCAUAUUUAUGCUCUAUUUUCCCCUCUAUCAUAAAAAGGUUGCUUUGAAUUCUGUUGUUUUUACUAAGGUACAGAUCACCCCUGUCCUACAAGCAGCCCUUUAUCAUCUGUAAAGCUAGGAGUAUUUUAUCUACUCUGUCCUUGAACUUGACUGAUGAAGAGAACUUUUUUUUUCUUUUUUUCAGAAACAUGGAUGGCCAGAACUAACCCCUCUGGACCACUCUGAUUUCCUUCUAGGUUUGGGUUCAAACUGGCUGCCAGCUGCAUGGCCACCUGAGAGUUACAGUAUGGACUCUGACUUAGCAGCCCAUUGGUGAAUGUGCCAGUGUGGGGAAAAAAAUGGGGACCUGUACUAAAAUCAAGGUCAUGACUUUGAUCUCUACCUCAGUUUGCCAGUCUGAUCAUUCUGAUGCAGAGAGAGAUUACAUUAAAUGAAAUACUGUUACCUUUCAAAGUCAUACUGCUGGUCGCUUGCCUGCAGCCUAAUUUCACAAAUGGGUUAAAUAGUGAAAAAAAUUUUUUUCAAGUAUUGUAAACCUCAACCAUCCUUUUUGCCUGCCCAGCUCAGCAUCUUGUGCGAUCAACACCCCCCUCCCUGCCGCAAGCCCAUUUCUCUUGAGCUUUAGUGGUCCUUUAGCACCUUUGGACACCAUGGAAACCCAGCCACAUGUGAGCUCUGAAGAGCACGAACCCUUUUCAACAAUCUCCCCAAAUUUCUAGAAAAUUUAAUAAUCCCCCAGUUCUUUCUAGAUUCCACUUUGGUCUCUAACAGUCUGUUGUUAGAUAGGGAAACAGAGACAGACAAAAAGGUGGAAGUAAUGGGGGUGUGGGGAAGAAACUUUACAUCUUUUAGAAAUCAAAAUAAAGAGGAUUCUUAAAAACCACUUCUGUUUUUAAUGGAACAGUAAGAUGUUAAGAGGGGGCAUUGCAAGGGCAGAGGUGUUUUGAAUUUAUUAAUUUGGGAGGGUUCUUUUAUAAGCUUUAACUUUAGCUUUUCAGAUCUUACUCCUGCCAGCUCAUGUCUUCAGACUUCGCCCUGGUGUCUCCUCUCUUUGGUGUUUACACCUGUGAUGGAAGGAGGACUGCCUUUCCACCCACCUAACCCGGACUCUGCUGCCUCAGUUGGCAGUGGACAUGCCGCUCUAGACCUCAGAGCUUCCGAGGCUGUGCCUUCUUUCAGGAAACAGCUCCUAAUACCCUCCCAUCACUCUCUGUAUUUGCCUGUCUCUGUCCUUUCUCUCUAUAACUCUAUUGUCACCCUGAGGCUUUUUUUUUUUUAAUUCCUAGGGAAGCUUGUGAUCUUAGAGUGAGUGAGGACUCAAUAAGGACUCAGCUAUCCUUACCUUGUUUAGUAAAAGUCUUCAGAUUCCAAGGAUAAGACAAGGUGGCCGCUUCACAAAGGAUGCAAAAUAACACCCAGUAAGUUCCUUAAAAGUGUCAGCAGCUUAGAGGAUUCACCUGUAUGUGGCCCUCUUCACAGCCAUGGGUGUGACUUGAUGGGAAGACACAAGGAAUGGGGAGAGAAGAAGGAAAGUAAGUCCCUGAGAUGUUAUGCCCGGCUUUCGAGGACCUUACUGGUCCUUAGGUGCAGUUUGGGUAGCGGGUCAUUUUGAUGAUGAGUAAAUGCUGGUUCUACAAAAAUUACCUGACUCCACUUACCCAAGAAUGUGUAUUCACAGUUGAUAUAACUGAAUGUUCAUGUUCCAUGCAUGGAACUCACUGAAACAGAUUAACCAAAUUGGCCUUUCGGUUUGGUUGGAGAUGUUUGGAAUGGAUUGUUAGGAUGGAGUGAAUGGCUCUUAGUACAUGUUUUCUGAUGAGUGUUCUGUAAAUGAUGUCAGUCUGUUGAAUGGCCCUUUGUAGAGCUCCAUGUUCAAGGUCGGCCUAAAUGCCAUUGUUCAACAGUUUUGCACGUUUUCACACAAUGUAAUCUGACUUUGGUGCCCUGCGAGCAAACCAUAGAAUAAGGUACAGCAGGGUCCCACUUAAUCUGUGGGGGGGAUGAACAGUGAUGAGUGGAUAUAGAGCACCAAGGGUCAGAUUGUAUGAGUUUUCUGUCUUUGUACAUUUGUCCUUCCCCAAAAUGGGAUAAUUUAAUCAAUAGUAGUCUCAUUAGCAUUUGGGAAUGAAGCAUAGCCUCUGCGGUCUACAAACUGAAGAAACUUUGGAUCUCUUGGGUUUAGAAGACUUCAGGUUUGGGAUGACAAGUAGUCCUGACCACAGUAGUGAGAAGCCAUGAAUGUGGGAGAUGUGCCUGGGACUGAGGCUUGCUCUGAGUUUUCCACCCCAGAGGCCCUGAGCCCAGGGCAGCAUAGAAGGAAAGGCUCUUCCCACAUCUGAAUAGAGCUCUCUACUCCAGAACAGCCCCUGAGCUAAAUCCAACCUCCAGCUGGGCUGGGGUGUCAGGCAUGGAGCAGGGUGAUUCUGGCAUAGCUUUGCUCAAAUCAGUAAAACAAACAGAAAAUUUGAGCUUUCACUUACCCACCCUAGUAUCCUUUCUUUAAAAAAAAAAAAUAGUCUACGUGGUAUAAUCGAAAUGGGUACUUGUAUCUUUAAAUUUCGUAGGAAAUUUUGUAUGUUUAAAUAAUUGUACUGGGUUCCAUAAUGCUUAUCUUAGAAACUGUUUAGUAAAAAAAAUAUAUAUAAACUGUGCAUUUGUGAAUGCCCCCCAUUAGAACAUUCAUCCAAGUUCAGUGUGUAGUGUGAUGGUUACUAUAGAUGUUUAAAAGUAUAGUAAGUGGCUGUGUAACAGGAGAGACUGCUAUUUACCUAUGGACUUAAGGGUAACUCCUGCCCAUGUAAUCAAAUCAGUAUUGUCCUUUCCUGUCGGUUUGAUCAGUUGCAGUACUGGUGGCUUCCUGCUUGUGACUGUUACCUAAUCGUGUCAAUGUACAUCUGUAGUAUGUACAUGUGAAAGUGCCUUUCUAUUUUAGAGGAGUUUUAGCCUUGCUCUCUACUGUUGCCCCGCCCACCUCCACUCCCUGCCCCCAUUUCUCCACCCACUUGAGUGUUUUGGAAUUUCCUCUGCUCUCUCCCAGCUUCUUCACCAUCCCCAUCUUUCUGUGCCUCAGUGCUCAGUAUUGUCCCGUCUUGCAUCCUUGUCUGCCAUCAGGCACGUCAUUUUCCUCGUGUGUCCUUUUCCUCUUAGCCAUGACUGUGCCUUUCCCUCCCCAAAGUAACUCCAGGUCUCCCACACCUCACCACCCCUCCCCUGCUCACGUGCUGCUGACGGCCAUCCAUCCUUCGCCUCCACUCUGUAAUGCCUCUUACCAAGACAUUCCCUUGUCUGUGAGGUGAAAGUGAACGGGGAUGCUUUUCUAGUUCUGGAAGGAAAAAAAAAAAUGUUUUGUUAAUCUGUUGUGACAAUGCACUUUUAUGUAUAGUACUGUACAUUUUGGCAUGUACCAUUCCAGGCUUCAGUAUACAGUCAGGUCUGUUCUUCACGGUGUAUCUUUAUAAUAAAGAAGAUAGUUCCGGCCGCUA